AUGGCAAAUGACACCCUCGCUGAGGAAGCCAAAGAGCUGUUUAAGCCUCGAUCUGAGUGGGCCGUACUGCCUGACGCGGCCAUCUAUACAGUUGUCAUUUGGGCCUGCAUCUGUUCCAGCAAGAUCAAGGCUGCUCACAACGUCUACCUGUAUAUGAUAGCUAAUGGUGUCGUUCCCACCUCCUGCACUUAUAUUAUACUCAUCAACACACUUGCAAAUAACUCAUCUUCUGAUGUCAAUUUUGUUUGGUAUGCCAAGAAGUAUUUUUUGGAAAUGUUGGAUAAGGGGAUGACGCCUCCUUCAUCUUCCUACAUGGCCGUCUUCAAAGCCAUUGCACGCCAGGAGCCGGUGGUGAAGGCCAAGGAGUUUCUUGAGCAGAUACAAGCAAAGGGGUUCAGCCCUAAGUUGGACGUUCCUCUCUUUGAUGUGACCUACAUGGAAGAAGCAAUGAAGGCAUUGAAGAUGUCUGACGUUCUUAUCAACGCUACCCCUGACAAGAAGUUGCAAAAACUCUACCGUAAGUGGAGCACCACCCGCAAACCCCUCAGGGAUGAGUUUCCGAAGAUGUUCAAAGCCUUGAAAGCCGAUGGCAAUUAUGACCAGGCCAUGGAGCUCUAUAGGCGCGGUUGGGAUACAAACAUAAUUCCAGAGGUCGUACUUCACACCGGUGUUAUUGAAGACUGUCUCGAGGCUGGCAAUACCGAGUGUGCUCUGAAGGCUUACCGGACCAUGUUAGCUACUGGGGUACUGUUUUAA